AUGCAAUCCUUUGGGCGAAGUCGCAAAGACCAGCCGAUCUUCGAGUCAUUUGCAGAGAUUGCACGACGGCUCGAAUUGCCAAAAGGAGAUGAGAAUGGCCCUGUUCAGAGUACGAAGAAUUGGCUGAGCAAAACAACGAGAUCUUGGCUUUGCAUUUUCGACAACGUCGACGACAUCAGAAUGUCAACAGAAGACCACUUCCUUCCGUGGAAAGGCGAUAUUAUCAUCACCACGCGCUACAAAGAUCAGGCCAAAAAAGUCUCCGACCACUCACAUAGUGUGCCACUUGAGGUUUCGGCGAAGACGACGCUCUAG